UACUACUACAUGCGGGCUGAAAUGAGCUUGGCUAUCGAAAUUAACCCAGACUCUGAAAUUAGUAUUCACGUCCAUGAUGCUGCGAAUGGAGCACUGUUGGAGAAGGAGAUGUUAUUUUUCCAACAAUAUUUUCACGAAACCCAGCAAAGCAACUACUACUAUAUUACCAUCUGUUCCGAUAUUCAAACAUUUAAGUGGCUUCUUACCUACAUGAAAUCCAAAAAUGAUCGCAAACUUGAUGUUUCAAACAUAUUGCCUGUCCUUGUUUCGGCUGAAUUUCUUCAAAUGCCGGAGUUAGUGGCUAGCUGCAUUGCCUUUUUAUGCGACCGAGUCACGGAGAUUCCGAGCUUAAUUGCCGACAUCGAUAUGGUGCGGCCGCCCACUUGGGAGAAAAUUGCUCGGCACUUUAUGCCUGGCAAAUUGAGUUCCUUAACCGAUGACUUUCUUCCUUUCAAAAAGUAUAUGAAUAAUUUACGCUGA